GCUCAGAGCCUCACUGAUUCACUCGCUCCUCACGAGCCGCAGUGCGCGCUAGACGGAAGGCCUCACUGAUUGCUGUUGAGCUCAGUGUUAAAUUUGUGUAUAUUAAGUACUUACCACCUAAAACCAUGAAAAUCUGGACAUCAGAGCACAUAUUUAGUAUGUAUUUCUCUUACUUCAGCCACCCUUGGGAAACCGUAACACAAGCAGUUUGGAGAAAAUACCCAAACCCUCACAACCCAGCAGUAGUUGGAACAGAUGUUGUUGAGCGCCAAGUGGUGAAUGGAGUCUUACACACACACAGACUCAUCAGUUCUCGGUGGGGCCUGCCGUCCUGGGCACAGACGAUCCUUGGUGCUGACCGCGUAUGUUAUGGCUACGAGCAUUCAGAAGUUAAUCCUGAAGAGAAAACUAUGACAAUGAGAACAAGAAAUUUAACAUUUUCCAGUACUGUAAGCAUGGAUGAGCGUAUGGUAUACUCUCCUGAUCCUACAGACUGUGAAAAGACAAUCCUGCGUCAAGAGACCAUCAUUACCGUGAAGGGUGUUCCCCUUACUUCCUACAUGGAGGAUUACCUCUUAAACAGCAUAUCGACAAACUCCUUUAAGGGUCGUGAUGCCAUGGAAUUUGUCAUCUCUAAAAUCAACAGAGAGGUGGAGGAAUUGAUGUCCACAUACAAGCGCAGUACAACAGAAAUAUUCUCGCAUACAAAACGCUCCUUUGGAGAAAUCACAGAAUCUGCUCUUCGUUCUGUUGAUGAUAUUUCUUUAGUGGCAAUGAAGUCUGUUGAUGAAAUCUCCGAUGCUGCUAAGAAAUCAAUUGAUGACUUAUCAUGUGCAGCAAAGAAGGGAAUUGAUAGUUUUACCCAGCCUGCAGGAUCUAUGCCAAGAAUAUGAAAGCAAGAAGUAUCUAGGAUUUAUUUCAAUUGUAGUGUAACAGUUUCUGAAGAUAAUGCAUUGUCAGAAAAGACGAAGAAAAGUUGAUAAGAAGACGGCAUCGGUAUAAAUGGUUGUACAUUAAUAUCGAAUAAUACAAGUUUUUCGAGGAAAUAUUACAUAAUGCUUUGCAGUACAGUAUACAGUAUUGUAUAUUUAUCCUGUUUAGGAUAGCAUAUGAUGAAAUGAUCUUGGACAAAGAGAAUUUGAUGGCUUAGGCUACAAAUUUUCUUGACUGUAAUAUUCCCAGCAGCAUGGGACUUCUUCAUGUUGAAGAUAUAUUUCACUUUGUUCAUAAUUCAAAAGUCUGAUAUAAUAUUCUUUUAAAUUGCUGAUAAAUGUUAUCAGGAAAAUUCUGGACAAAAAAUAUACUGGACAUAUGACUGGUCCUUUGGUUGUUUUUAUUUUAUUUCUCAAGAAACUCCUUGUUGCCAUGAUAUGUAUGGUAAUAAGCUUGUACUGGAGAGAUGUUGCUAUAAGAUUUUGGAUUUCAACCUUGUGCAGUAUUGAAGUGAUGAACACUUUCUUGUACAAGGACAUAAUCCCAAGUAUGAUGGCUCAUACUCACUCAGGGUCCAUCCAUUUAUGGAAGUAAUCCGCACUCUGUCAUGUAAGGUAUAACCAUUUAAUUAUAUCUGUUCAGAGAUCCUCAGAAUUUAAGUACAAUACUGUAUAUUUUUUACAAUCCUCUUUUUCAAACAUUGUGCUGUGAUUUUAUUAGUCCUGGUUAAAAAAAAUUCUUAAAUGAAAUAUAUAUAUAUAUGGUUUGGUUAAUUAUUUUCAAAAGCACCUGUAGCAAAAAUUUGAGCAUCUAUGAAUUUACAUGACAAAGUGCUGGACUCAUCCACUUUUCCCACUACCUAAAACAAACAAUGCAAUUUGAUAGUUUACCUCUAUUAUUUUAUUUUAUUUAUUUUUUUGUUCAAUAAUAGCAGUUUACACUGUUAUCACAUAUAUCUCUUGUGCAAAUAAUGUAGGUGCUUUAGCUGUUCAUCUUGGAUAUCUAUAAUUUGAACACUUAGAUUUCUUUUAUGUUAUAAAGUAGAGUAUGAACUAGAUACAAUAGUAAUGUUAUGUCGACUAUAAGCAAAUGUGUUGAAGAGCAUGUACAGUACAUAUCAUGUAAUCCUCUGUAAUAGAAUCAAGUCUGUAACAAAGUUACUUGCUAUACCAUUAGCAAAUAUGUUCUUAAGAAGAUGUAAGUUUUUACCAUCAGUACAGUAUUGAGAAUCUGAAGCCAAAUACUAUAUAAAUUAUGCUGCAGUUCCAAGUGUUGUCGCAUAUUUUUAUUCUUGCAAUAUAUUUUGUAUAGUAUUUAUUUUAUUAUUGAUUUUUUUUCUUCAUAAUAUUCAAAUGUGAACAAUACACUGCAGGAACAAAAA